UAUAUGAAAAUUGAUAAAAUAUAUUUGAUUCAUAAAAACAACAACAACAAAAAUACAGAAAGGAUUGAAGUAUGGUAAAACGAGAUGGAAGGGAGGGCAAGGAGGGAAGCACAUUAGAAAUGAAUACUAUUAAGGGGGAUGACUCAAGUCUGAACGAAGAAGAGAUUUCUUUGCUAGUUGGAGGAGAGGAGGAGGAGGAGGAGGAUGGAUGUAGACGAGAGGAGGGAGUGAAAGAGGAGGGAGGGAGGGGUGAGGAGGAGGAUGAGGGAAGAUACCUGGGAGGGAAUCAUCUACCAAACAUAAUUAUAACUCCGUCCAGACGUAACAAUUAAAGAUCUGAAUAAAAAAGUAGAAACAUCAGUGGAAGAUUUAAAGCAUUUAGAACAAAAUUCAAUUCAUUAUAGAUUAAACGCCGAGGAAAGAAUAUCAAAGUUGGAGCAGAAUAUACUACGAAUUUUUAGAAAAAGAAAAGUACAUGGUCUACAGAAGGCGAAUGCUCCUAAUAGUCAAGAAGCUUCCAAAUCCCAUAUCAUCGCUCUUCCGUCCCCUCCUCUAGGAGAUUUCAACUCCUCUGGAGCUUUCAACUCCUCUAGAGAUAUCAAUGCUGUCAAUUCUUCUCCUCUAUCUACUAAAGAUCCAUUUCUGGACGCUGAUGAAGCUGAACAGUGUGCUGAGAGUGGUACACCUUGUAAAUUUCCAAUGAUUUACAAAGGGAAAUCAGAGACAUCUUGCGUUAAGAAUUGGUACGACAUAAAACCGUGGUGCUCAAUACGGGUAGGCCCUGCAGGCGAAUAUAUUUCGGACAGCUCAGCCUGGGGAUACUGCAAACCUUGUUCAGAAACAUAAACUUUAACAGUGAAUACUUCCUGAAAAAAAAACUUUUAUUCAUAUUUUUCCGGACGAAUUGAAGUGAAUCGUGAUAACAAAUACGGAAAAGUGUACUUACUUACAUUCUGCUUGUACAAUGUACACUGAACAGUUUUUACACUAGAUGUACAACCAUGUACUUACUUGGUUACGUUGAUGACAAUUAAUACUGAAAAUUAUUCUGUUAAAAAUAUGUAAUUUAUUUCUAGUGGCAUUUCUUUUCAACACACCAUGUUAACUAAUUAAUUCUGAUUUUGAGAGAAUCAAAUCUCAAGAAAACACAGGGUUUCAGUUUUCUUGAAAAAUGUUUGUUCUCGUAUUAAAAAGUCCAAGUUUAAUUGAUUAUCUUUAGUUUUUUUUGCUUGUCGGUAAAUAAAAUAUUUUUUUAUUUAAUGGAGGUAAUCCAAAAAAAACUUUGAAUGGAUUAGAGAGGCAUUUAUUUGAAAUUUUGGUUAGUAACUGAUUAAUCAUGUUUCAGCAUGUAAGAUCUAUCAAUCUUAAUUGAAUCGUAAGGAAAAAUUAUCAAUUUAUACAGAUAUAGGGUUACCCACAGAGGAUGAGACCUCCAAGACUAAUGUAAGAAAUUGACUUGGUCUUUUUUCUUUAUUUUUUGGUUCACCGUAAUUCUGUCUUUCCUUGGCAAAUCAUGAAGUAUAUAAUUUUUAACUAAAUAUAUAGCAGGGUAGAAACAUAAUUCAACCUUCAAAUCGUUUUAAUUCAAGAGUUCAAGGUCGUCAUUAAAAGUCUUAUUCGUUGGAAAUACCUAUAAAAAGGUUUUUAAUAAAGCGGAGCUGUUAACUGUCGUCCGUUAAAUAUAUCAAAAAGCAUUUUAAUUAAAAAAUCACUACUGUGCUAAUUUAAGCUUAUGUUCAUAUUUUACGUUGUUUGUUAUUUGUAAAUUGAGAGAAAUAAACAUUUAUUACCACAAUAA